UUUAAGAGUCUUCGAAACUCGAGAGAGAAGCUCUCCCUUCCCCGGAAAUUGUUUCCCUCCCGAUGGCACCCACUGAAGCUUAAACUUUUCUGUGAUCUGUUCCUUGUUCUCUAUCUCCCACUGAAGCUGAAACUUUUCUGUGAUCUGUUCCUUGUUCUCUAUCUUGCAUGGCCAAAAACAAAAAGAAAACUGCAUCUAUUUCUGCUCGUGGGAAGAGAAACCAGUCACUCGAUCUGACAGACCCGGUCUUAGCUUUGGCAGCUCCUGCUGCCUUUCCAGCUUCCAACUGUAAGAAUCGACUGCUCAAAACCCUUACGGGUGGGUCUAGUCGAAACAAAUACCUCUUUCAAGCUGAUGAUGUCCUCGUAGAAGAUGGGUCUGAGGAAGAAGCAUUUGAAGAAGAUGAAGCAGACAAUGCCGAACCAGAGGAUGACAGUGGGAGUGGUUUCUUUUAUUCCCCUACUUUAAAUCUGACGAAAGGAACAACUAUUGCUAGUUGUGAAGGUGCCCGCAAGACCCCUGAUGUUGCCAAGUCUUCUGGAAAUCCAUCUGCAACAGUGACUGGAACUCAAGCUCAACCAACGGUCUCUGUAGAGGAAAUAUCUCACCCAGGUACCUCUAUAUCUCCGGACCAUACAGUUGGUAAAUGGCGUGAUUUAUUUGCCACCAAUCGUAGCAGUGCUUCUUAUUCCAAGCUUAUUCAUUUUUCAAAUAUUAGCACUGCUAGGCAAUGUUCCUUGCUAGAUGAAGAUUUAGACAGUAAUUGUGAUCUAUGGAAAUCAUGUGUUGUGGGUUAUGUUGAUGGCAAAUUUCCUGGGUAUAAAGCCCUGCAUGAUAUUGUUACAAACACAUGGCAAUGUGAAGCUUCCUUGACUAUUCAUGAAUCUGGCUGGUUAGUGUACAAAUUUAACAGUGUGGAUGAUAAAUUGGCGGUUCUUGCUAGUGGUCCCUAUCUGGUGUAUGGCAGGCCAUUAAUCUUGAAGGCUAUGCCAGAGUAUUUUAACUUCAGUUAUGAAGAAAUGACUAGGGUCCCUGUUUGGGUGAAAUUCCCAAAUCUGCCGUUAAAAUGUUGGUCUACCAAGUGCCUCUCUAAGAUUGCCAGCGUGAUUGGGAAACCAAUCCUAAGUGAUCAGCUCACUUCUACUAUGUCGAGAAUCUCGUAUGCUAGAGUUCUAGUGGAACUCGAUUUGCUUGAUGAUCUUAUCCAUUCUGUUGACAUUCUCCUGCCUAAUAGUACUGCUCUCACACAAAGAGUAAUAUAUGAGACACUACCCAGAUUUUGCAAGCACUGCAAAGUUCUUGGUCAUGCAACUGGGGUUUGUUCUAAGGCUACUGUAGAGUCAAGAACGAUGGGCAGUCAUGCAGUUAUGGGAAGCACUAAGCAAGGCACUGCCUCUAACGGUUUGGGAUAUGCUGUGGAUGCUGGUGUGGAGAAAAAUAAGGGGAAAGAUGUUGCUGCAGAUCACUAUUGUGACCCCAUGCAAGCUGAGGAGGAUGUCAUGUCUGCAGACUUGGAAACUGUCCGGAGUAAGAAAAGCAGUAAGUUUCAAAAGAGUAAAAACAUUGCAACAAUUGGGGACUAGGGGUGUUCAAAAUAACCGAUUAACCGAGAAAACCGAUAAAACCGAAGAAAAAUUAACCGAAAAAACCGAACCGAAAUUAAAAACCGAUUAAACCGAUUUAAAAAACCAUAAAUGUUAACAGGUCCGGUUCGGUUUCGGUUUUGACCCAGAAACCGGGCCAAACCGAACCGGACCCAUUAAACAAUUAAAAAAAAAAAGGCAGUAUAAAUAGUUAAGUUAACCUAAUCCCUCCCUAACCCUAACAUCUCAUUCUCAUCUCAAUUCUCACAGAGCCGUCUCCUUCCUUCCCACUUCCAACAGAAAAUUCCCAAUCUUCAAUCUUCCUUUCCCAUAAACCUUCUUCAUUUAAGAAGCAACGACAACAAGAAACCGUCUCCAUCUUUCAGGCGUCUUCAUUUUAGCAACGACAGCAAGGCCCCACACCUUCACCACCUCCCAUCAGUAAAACUGCAGGCAAAUCAGGGUCCAGUUCAAGCUCUUCUCUUAACUCAUCCUACAUAACAAGAAACAAAAGAAGCAGUCAAUUGAGCAAAUUAUCGUAGUAGAGCAUGUGUGAAUGCAAAUGUGCGAUCACAAUUGUGCACCUUCGAAAGAACUGCAAGAGAAAAAGACGGUCAGAUGGGCAAGCCAGAAACACGGAUUUGAGAAUCUUCCAGCCCAUCUAGUGCAGCCCUCUUAGCUACCUCCUUUGAUAGGCAGUAGCAUCUAUUCCAAAAAAACCAGUUCAAACCGAACCAGAAAAAACAAAAAAAAACCCUAUAUAUUAAGGGAUUAGGUUUCCCGGUUUUUUCCAAAAAAAACCGGAUUUAACCGAACCGGACCGGUUCGGUUUGAACCGGUUUCCGGUCCGGUUCGGUUGAUAUUCACCAAAAAUACUAAAAUUCGGUUCGGUUGGUUUUUUUAGUCUAAACCGAACCGAACCGAACCGUGAACACCCCUAUUGGGGACUGUUCUAAAGUUGCUGUAGAGUCAAGGAAGAAGGGCAGCCAUCCGGUUAAACAUGCGGGCAGUACUAUGCCAGACAGUGUCCCUAUCUGUUUGGGACCGGUUGCUAGUGUGGAGAGUACUAAAGGGACAGAUGUUGCUGGAGAACGACAGCUUGACCCCAUGCAAACUGAGGUGGACGUGAUCUCUCAAGAAUGGGAAACUGCCCGGGGAAAGAGAGAAUCUCCUGGCAGUUUUGACCUCAAUACUCAAAAGAGCAAAGACAUUGCAAGGGCACCUCAAGGAUGGAAACAACGGGGUCAAGAAGGGGCUGUUGAUGGUGUAAAAACCAGGAGUGCCCAUAAAGGUGUUGCAACUAGAGCAUCUGGCAGUGGUAGGGAACCUUCCACUCAUCCACAACAAUAACGUUAUUGAUAUGCUGGAAUGUCAGAGGGCUUCAUUGGCCUCUGAAGUAACAUGAGAUGGUCAGUCUGAUGAAGAAACUUUAUGUUGUGUUGGCUUUUGGUGCAUUCCAUUGUCUUUGGCUAGUGUUCAUUACUGGUGUUUCUGCUGGUCUGAGUCUCUAUGGCAACUGUAUCAGUGCAUCAGCUCUAUUUGUCUCUGGCUGAGCUCUGUGUUUGGUGACAUUAUCAGUGUUCAUUGUUGGUUUGGGUUUUGAGGACACGGUGGCUGCUGCCUUUCAGUGGACUGCUCUGUCUCAUUAAUUAAUGGCUUGGUGCCUUUUGGUUGGUUAACUUCGACAUCGGCAAGACUGCCAGGUUCCUUGGUUAACCGCUGCACUAUAAUAGAUGUUUUUCUUCUUUACGGGAAGCAUGCUCAGCUUUGCUACUACUUUGAAUGGCAUUGAUGUCGACAUUUUUUGCUGGGCAUCCAGUCUUGUAUAUUUUGCUGACUACACUUUCAGGAUUGCCUCUGAGUGUAAUUACUUUAUUUUGGUUCAUUAUGUUCAUCUUGGGAGCUUUGUUCUCCUUUGUCCAUUCUCAUUAGGUUGUCUAUCAUUAUAAUUUUGACUCGCUGAUUAAUUUGCAUGGUUACUUUUAAUCUAUAA